CCAUUAUGUGCCAGUGUGCUGGGUCCUGCCUCUGCUGUAGCAGGGGGAUUGAUAUCCUGUGGUCUUUGGUGCUCAACCCACUUUUGGUGCUCAACCCACCAUGUCAUGUGGCCUCUUUUGUUACAGUUUAAACACAAUUCUCAGGGGAGGGGGGGGGGGAAGUGUAGAGUGGCCGAUACUGAACUGAUAUCAGAGCAGGAUGUCAGCAUGUCUAGCAUUCUGGGUGUUUAUUCAACAAUAGUUUUGUCAUGAGGAUGUUCCCUGCUCUGAAUCUGCUCCUUCUGAGUCUCAGCUAUGGGGCAACGCUGAAGAUAUGUUCCUUCAAUGUACAGUCCUUUGGAGGAAGCAAAAUAUCCAAGCCUGAAGUAAUGGAUGUCAUUAUACAGUGUAUUGCCCGCUGUGACAUCAUGCUCAUUAUGGAAAUCAAAGAUGGCCGAGAGUUAGCCUUCCCUCAGCUUAUGACCGAGCUCAACAGCAGGUACAGCUCCAGGAGGAAUGAGUACGACUUUGUCAUCAGUGAUAGGUUGGGUAGAAAAUCCUACAAGGAACAAUAUGCUUUUAUUUACAGGAAGAGGCUGGUAUCUGUAAAGGAUGUAUACCAGUACCCUGAUUCACAGUGUGGAGAUGAAGAUGUGUUUGCCCGAGAACCGUUCACCGUAUGGUUUUCCUCACCAAGGACUGAGGUGAAGGACUUCGUCAUCAUUCCCAUCCACACCGCGCCUGAGGAUGCAGUUCGGGAGAUUGAUGAGCUCUUUGAUGUGUUCAAAGACGUCCAGCAGCGAUGGACAUCAGAGAACUUUAUCAUAAUGGGGGAUUUCAAUGCUGCGUGUGGCUACGUUCCCAAGAGAGAGUGGAGCAACAUACGCCUGCGCUCCGAUAGCUGCUUCCUGUGGCUAACUGGUGACGGUCUUGACACCACUGUGAAGCAGUCCACCAAUUGUGCCUAUGACCGAGUGGUGCUCCACGGUGAGAGAAUGAUCCAGGCGAUCAAGCCAAGCUCUGUGGAGGUGUUCGACUUCAAAACAGAGUAUGGGCUCACAGAGCAGGAGGCUCUUGCUGUGAGUGAUCACUUCCCCCUGGGCUUCACCAUGAACUCUGAGCGACGCAGAAGCAGAGGCCGGCGGGGUUAACGCAUAAGUGAAGGUUUAGAGCUGGCCGAUGGGGUUAACUCAUAAGUGAAGGUUUAGAGCUGGAAGACCCCCUGCUUUGCCAUAAAUGAAUGUUUAAGACUUUACGUGAUCAGGGUCAGUGGAGUAAAUGGCAGACAAACCUUUAUGUGCUUUGGAUGAUUGCAUUUGCUCUGGGAAAGGGCAUGUGGUUAUGCUGGUUAAUCAUCUAAGUACAAAGUACAGCAUUUCCAUUUCAGAGACCAUGUCAUUUGAACCUGUUUCCAUCAUACUGAUACCAGUGUGUUUCCAAGUGUUCUACUAGAUCUCAGAACGCCUUAACAAUAUUACUGUACUUUGAAUUAGUCAAGAAACAAAACAGACAAUAUGACAGAUAAUUGUAAAUAGUCAUUAGACUAAGAAUGUAAAUACCAGCAACUUCAGUACAGAAAAAAAACACUUCCUCUGUUUAAAUAUUUGUAUGCAAACAAGUGUGAUUGAGAAAUGUCACCACGUGAUGAUUAUCCCAGUUCAUCCGUUGCAGUUGGGACAUUAAAGAUUCCAUUCCUGGCAUAGAAAGUGCUCCUUACAAUCCCUGACCUCCCAUUAGCUGGUGAUCUGUAUGUUUUUUCAUAGUCGCCUGGGGAAACAUUAACACAACUAUCAUUGCCUCACAUUUUCAUCCACUUUAAUAUACCGCUUUAGCAACAAACAUUCAUGUAAAAAUAUUUUUGCAAUGAAUAAGAAAUAAAGAUUUUUGGCAUCAAUUAA